CUGCCAUCAUAUGAAACUCUAUUUCAGGAUAUCUUUUUGAAAAACCAACUCGUUAUUGUGGGACCUGAAGCCACAUCUGAUUGGACCAGUCUUAAAGACUGGGUUCUAGAGGAUGGCAGCCCAAAUUUUCAUUUUCUCAUGGAAAAUUUUGGUAAACAAAUCUUAAAUUCAGUUCUCUUAAAAUUCAUGAUACAAUUUUAACAUUGUUACAAGAAGGAAAAAAAAAAUUAUAAUUUCAAAGCUUGUAACCCAAUUGCAUUGACUUUUAUAACUGCAACAAAAGAGUAGAAUGGAAAAUGAAAUAUAAAAUAUAUAAAUGAAAGUACAGAGUGGGCCCUUUUAGCCAGUGGUCUUGGAAGGAAGAAAAGUUACUAAAAUAACCCAUUUUCCCCUUAAAUGCAUCUCACUCAUUUAAAUAAAUCUAAUCAAUAUUUUAAAUGAACCAAUGUAACUCGAAAUUAUAUUACAUUUACAUUGAAAGAAACUUUUGAUUUAACUUGCAAUUAAAAUAAUAUUAUUAACGAAAAAAUAUAUUAAGUAACUCAUGUCAUAAGAGUUUUGUAAUUUUUAAUGAGCGAAAACAAUAAUAAUGAUUAAUACAUGAUGCCAAAAUAACCUUUAAGACCUUAUGUUGUACACUAUCUUAUUCAAUUUGGAUACAACUACUGCAAAUGCAGUUUUUAAUUUUUUUUAGAAUAAUUGUUUUUAAAAAAUCAUUGAAAAAAAAAUGGGAUAAAUAAGCACUCAGUUUUGAACCCUCACUUAGCUUUCUUAAAGUUCAAAUCUUGACCCACAUCCAUUCACAUAGUUAGGGUUAGUACAGCCCUGGCCAGGCUGAGCUGUUUGCCAACCCCCUUCCACAAAAGAAUCCUGGAGUUGUCAGAAAAUGUUGACCCCUAAAUAUAAAGGAAAAAAAUGCUGCCCCCUCCACACCCCCCAUCCCUAUGUCACUGCUCACAUCAGUAUUUUAUUUGCUAAUAAGUAUUAUGCUUUUAUCAGGAGAGACCACUGCACCCGUUGCAGAUUGCAAUGCACAAGAGUUCUCUGCCCACCCCAAGACAGAAAUGACAGUCAAGAACUUUUUACUUUAUUGGCAAGAACUCAGGUUGCAAGGUUAUCCAAUAGAUGGGAAAUGUCUCUACCUGAAAGACUGGCACUUUGCUAAGUAUGUUUUUAUAAUUCUAAAUUUGGCAUUGCUCAAUUUAACCCAGGGUCAUCAAAACCUAAUCCAAAUAGUCAUUGUUCAUUUCAUUUUUUGGAUUAAAAAAAAAAGAGGAUGAGGUAAAACUAGUAAUAGAACAGACUGAAGUUGUAUACAGGCAUUGCCUUCCUUCUUCAGGUUUUAUUUUUGCUGUUGAAGUAAGACUUUUUGGCUAAAACCUCCACUUUCUUGUAUCGUCCAACUUCUGGUUUUCCUCUACCCUUUUAAUACUUCUUGUUGCUUCACCCUUUAGCAUUUCUCUUAUAAGUUUUUUGGUUGGUAUAUGUUUAUCAGUUCAUAGCAGCCAUUUUUAACACAUGUGUUGUCAUUUAACUGUUGAGGAGCAUAUUUUAUAAUAAUCAGGCGAGUGUGAAAUUUAUGCUAUAUUACCCUACAAAGUACAGGACUUUGAAUGUUAUCAUCUUAUCUAGAAGGCCAGAAUAUUAUGAUCUAAUCUAGAAGGCCAGAAUGUCAUCAUCUAAUCUAAUAGUUUUCAUCUAAUCUAGCAGGCCAGAAUGUUAUUAUCUAAUCUAGCAGGCCAGAAUGUUAUCAUCUAACUAGUAGGCCAGAAUGUUAUCAUCUAAUCUAGAAGGCCAGAAUGUUAUCAUCUAAUCUAGCAGGCCAGAAUGUUAUCAUCUAACUAGUAGGCCAGAAUGUUAUCAUCUAACUAGUAGGCCAGAAUGUUAUCAUCUAAUCUAGUAGGCCAGAAUGUUAUCAUCUAACUAGUAGGCCAGAAUGUUAUCAUCUAAUCUAGCAGGCCAGAAUAUUAUCAUCUGAUCUGGAAGGCCAGAAUGUCAUCAUCUCAUCUAAUAGUUUUCAUCUAAUCUAGCAGGCCAGAAUGUUAUCAUCUAAUCUAGCAGGCCAGAAUGUUAUCAUCUAAUCUAGCAGGCCAGAAUGUUAUCAUCUAAUCUAGCAGGCCAGAAUGUCAUCAUCUUAUCUAGAAGGCCAGCAUGUUAUCAUCUUAUCUAGUAGGCCAGAAUGUUAUCCUCUUAUCUAGAAGGCCAGCAUGUUAUCAUCUAAUCUAGUAGGCCAGAAUAUUAUCAUCUGAUCUGGAAGGCCAGAAUGUCAUCAUCUCAUCUAAUAGUUUUCAUCUAAUCUAGCAGGCCAGAAUGUUAUCAUCUAAUCUAGAAGGCCAGAAUGUUAUCAUCUAAUCUAGAAGGCCAGAAUGUUAUCAUCUAAUCUAGUAUGCCAGAUUGUGAUCUUCAUCAAAAUGACCCAAAAUAAAUUAUUCUUGAAUGAUGUCUUAGACAUUUAGCUUUUAGAAAAUUUAGUGUGUCACAAGUAAGAGAGUUUAAAAUCUGCUGCUUUCAAUUGAUAUAUUCAAUGUUGUUUUUUUUUUGUUGUAAAUAUUUACUACUGACUGCCACUUUCAACACUAGCAACCUAUAUUUGAUUUCAUGGCUUGUACUCUAUGUUCCGGCUUUUAUGUUAUUAACACUAUUUUUGUCUCUGGUAAUUCCUCAGAUCCUUACAAUGGUUUAUUUUCUCCUGGUUUGAUUUUAAUGAGUUUAACAGUCCUAAAAAAGUAAAACAAUUGAAAAAGCAACUUCACAUCAAAUAAGAUUAUUUUUUUGAUAAUGAUAUUAAAUUAAUUUUUGGUGAGAAUAUGGUCAUCAGAGAAUCGGUCAUUGAAAAAGAACUAUUUUUCUUUUGUUUUUCAGAUAUUUUCCAUCUUACAAUGCUUACAGACCUCCAGCAUUCCUUUGUUCUGAUUGGAUGAAUGAAUUCUGGGACGUGAGGGAUGAUAUCGUCGAUGAUGAUGACUACAGGUUUGUCUAUAUGGGUCCCAAAAACUCUUGGACACCGCUCCAUGCAGAUGUCUUGCACUCUUACAGUUGGUCGGCAAACAUUUGUGGAUUAAAGAAGUGGAUCUUCUUUCCACCAGGUAACGGAUAAAAUUUUUUACAGUCUUGUCAGAAAUAAAACAAAAAACUUGCUGUCCUGUCCUUUUUUUUUAUGUAUCAGGAAUAUUGUUUAUACUGACUCAGCAAUAGUUUUAAUGUAUCAGGAAUAUUGUUUAUACUGACUCAGCAAUAGUUUUAAUGUAUCAGGAAUAUUGUUUAUACUGACUCAGCAAUAGUUUUAAUGUAUCAGGAAUAUUGUUUAUACUGACUCAGCAAUAGUUUUAAUGUAUCAGGAAUAUUGUUUAUACUGACUCAGCAAUAGUUUUAAUGUAUCAGGAAUAUUGUUUAUUCUGACUCAGCAAUAGUUUUAAUGUAUCAGGAAUAUUGUUUAUUCUGACUCAGCAAUAGUUUUAAUGUAUCAGGAAUAUUGUUUAUUCUGACUCAGCUAUCAUGUUUUUUUUUGGUACACUUAGAUACAAAAAUCCUUCUCUUAAAAAAAAUAUGAGAUGUGUAUUUUGAAAACAAAAAAUAGUCAAAUGUAAUACAAUGAUAUAAAAAAAUAUAUAUCUCUUCUACAUGCUAAUGCUAGCCACUUGGACUUUACAAAUUAUUGGCAAAUGAAAAAAUGCUGUUGAAAUACUAUGUUUCCGAAUACUGACACUUACCAUCUUUUUUUUGUGUAUACCACAAUGACUAAAGUAGUUGGGGUCAUUUUAAGAAGUUCAGUGGUGUAUUUAAUGGAUCCUAUUUAGGGACAAGAUGAACAUUAACAUUGAACUAGGAGAUUCUAUAAUGUUUUAAAUUAAUUGUUACAAGGGAUCAUAAAAUGGUAUUCUUCCUAAGUACGAAUUUUAAAAUGAAAAGUAUUCUUUUACACAAAGCAAGUACCCAAAAAACUGUCUAUGUAAAAUGUUUGAAGAUUGACUUGAGCAUUGUCAAAUUUUACAUGAUUUCUACAAAAAAUCAUUUAUUAUUAUUAUUAUUCAUGAAAUAAAAUGUUCUGAUCUCAGCCAAUAUUUAUCUUACCAGGCUCAGAGAAGAAGCUCAAAGACAAACAUGAACACCUGGCCUUUGACCUACGAUCUCAAGAGCUUUAUGACCCUGAUAAAUAUCCUGAUGCUGCCAGUGUUGUGGACAAUGCGAUCACCGUACUACAGAACCCAGGGGAGAUCAUUUUCAUACCAAGCGGAUGGUAUCACCAAGUAUUCAACUUAGUGAGAAUCAUUUUAAGUUUGUGUGUCCUUAAAAGUAGUGGUGGGGGAACUGUGGCUCGUGAGUCAAUUUUGGCUCUUGUGUGUCCUUUAAAGCAGGGGGGUGAAUUAUGGCUCAUGACAUAAUUGUGGCUCUUUCGUGUCCUUAACUCAUUCAUUGCGGCAGUACUACUUCGGUACUUAAUUUAUUUUCCUGAGGAAAGGGAAGCAACUCAGUUUUGAAAUUGAUUUACAUUUUUAAAAUUUAAAAUAUUUUUUAAGCUGCUAAAUAAUAAUAAAUGUUAAUGAAAUAAUGCUUAACAAAAAAUAUAACAUUAGCGGCGAAAAAAUAAUGAACAAUGGCCAAAAAAUUGAUUUUUGGCACCUCGGGCGAACACAUGCUACAUAUAGAUGCCCUGUUCUAAAGCACACAUAGUUUUAAAGUGAAACAAGAUAAAAACUUUCGGUUUUUUAAAUUAAAAUCACACAGAAAUCACGCCAUAGCAGGAAGUCUCGAGGGACGCUAGAUUUCAUUGCUAUUUUUAACUAAAAAUAAGAGAGGUGUGUCGCUAUGCGCCGGGACGCAUUUGGACGCAUCAGGAGAAAGCCCUUUAAGGACGCAUUUAGUCGGGAAUGAGUUAAAAGCAAGGGUGGGUGAACUAUGACUCGUGAGCCGAUUGUGGCUCAUGCCUCCAUUUUGAAUGGCUCGCGCUCCCUUAAAAUUAUUAAAAUAAUAAUAAAAAUGAAGGUGUAAUUUAAAUUUUUGAUUGAAGAUGUUACAACAAUAUGGGUUUGUUUGGCUUUUCUGGUGAUUGAAGGUGUUACAACAAUGUGGGUUUGUUUGGCUUUUCUGGUGAUUGAAGGUGUUACAACAAUGUGGGUUUGUUUGGCUUUUCUGGUGAUUGAAGGUGUUACAACAAUAUGGGUUUGUUUGGCUUUUCUGGUGAUUGAAGGUGUUACAACAAUAUGGGUUUGUUUGGCUUUUCUGGUGAUUGAAGAUGUUACAACAAUAUGGGUUUGUUUGGCUUUUCUGGUGAUUGAAGGUGUUACAACAAUGUGGGUUUGUUUGGCUUUUCUGGUGAUUGAAGAUGUUACAACACUAUGGGUUUGUUUGGCUUUUCUGGUGAUUGAAGGUGUUACAACAAUAUGGGUUUGUUUGGCUUUUCUGGUGAUUGAAGAUGUUACAACACUAUGGGUUUGUUUGGCUUUUCUGGUGAUUGAAGGUGUUACAACAAUAUGGGUUUGUUUGGCUUUUCUGGUGAUUGAAGGUGUUACAACAAUAUGGGUUUGUUUGGCUUUUCUGGUGAUUGAAGAUGUUACAACAAUAUGGGUUUGUUUGGCUUUUCUGGUGAUUGAAGGUGUUACAACAAUGUGGGUUUGUUUGGCUUUUCUGGUGAUUGAAGAUGUUACAACACUAUGGGUUUGUUUGGCUUUUCUGGUGAUUGAAGGUGUUACAACAAUAUGGGUUUGUUUGGCUUUUCUGGUGAUUGAAGAUGUUACAACACUAUGGGUUUGUUUGGCUUUUCUGGUGAUUGAAGGUGUUACAACAAUAUGGGUUUGUUUGGCUUUUCUGGUGAUUGAAGGUGUUACAACAAUAUGGGUUUGUUUGGCUUUUCUGGUGAUUGAAGAUGUUACAACACUAUGGGUUUGUUUGGCUUUUCUGGUGAUUGAAUGUGUUACAACAAUAUGGGUUUGUUUGGCUUUUCUGGUGAUUGAAGGUGUUACAACACUAUGGGUUUGUUUGGCUUUUCUGGUGAUUGAAUGUGUUACAACAAUGUGGGUUUGUUUGGCUUUUCUGGUGAUUGAAGGUGUUACAGCAAUAUGGGUUUGUUUGGCUUUUCUGGUGAUUGAAGGUGUUACAACAAUGUGGGUUUGUUUGGCUUUUCUGGUGAUUGAAGGUGUUACAACAAUAUGGGUUUGUUUGGCUUUUCUGGUGAUUGAAGGUGUUACAACAAUAUGGGUUUGUUUGGCUUUUCUGGUGAUUGAAGACAAUGUGGGUUUGUUUGGCUUUUCUGGUGAUUGAAGGUGUUACAACAAUAUGGGUUUGUUUGGCUUUUCUGGUGAUUGAAGGUGUUACAACAAUAUGGGUUUGUUUGGCUUUUCUGGUGAUUGAAGGUGUUACAACAAUAUGGGUUUGUUUGGCUUUUCUGGUGAUUGAAGGUGUUACAACAAUAUGGGUUUGUUUGGCUUUUCUGGUGAUUGAAGGUGUUACAACAAUAUGGGUUUGUUUGGCUUUUCUGGUGAUUGAAGGUGUUACAACAAUAUGGGUUUGUUUGGCUUUUCUGGUGAUUGAAGGUGUUACAACAAUGUGGGUUUGUUUGGCUUUUCUGGUGAAUUAAUAAAUUCUCUAUAAUUUGGAUAAAAUCCCCCCCCCCCCUUUUCCACCCCUGCUAUCACCAUUUGUGAGUCUGUUAUUUCUUGAAUCUGGCAUGCAGCUACAUAAGUUUUGCUCACCCCUGCUUUAAAGGAUGAGAAAAAUCCUUCUUUUUUCUUUUUUUUUGUAUAGUUCUGUGUCCCUUUCAAGGGGUGCAGUGGGAUGUACUACAACAGGGACUGUUUUACAACUGGGACUGAUCCUGUCUCCAGCCUUAUGAAUUUAAGCAGAGUUUAAUAUUGCAGGUGUAAUCAGAGUAAUGAAGACCAUUAACAUUUCAAACACUUUCAGAUCUGACCUUAUGUUUCAUUUGCUGCUGUAACUCUGACCUGUUUUAUCUAGUUUAUAACCUAUUGGUCAUAUAUAAAUAUUCUAGAGUUUGAUGAAAUGAUAAAAAUGUUGAAAAUAAAACAUGAACUCCUUGACAUGCCUUAAGCCAGUCUCCCAAGUAUUAUUUCUCUUACCUUAUUUCAGGAGGACACAAUAUCUAUCAAUCACAACUGGAUCAAUGGCUGCAGCUCCCACUUGUGCUGGGAGUAUGUCAAGAGCAGACUGACCGCUGUCCAGAAGGAGAUAUCAGAUUGUAACCAAAUGGAGGGAUGGGAUGAACAGUGCCAGGUGGGUUGUGAACAGUGCCAGGUGGGUUGUGAACAGUGCCAGGUGGGUUGUGAACAGUGCCUGGUGGGUUGUGAACAGUGCCAGGUGGGUUGUGAACAGUGCCAGGUGGGUUGUGGACAGUACCAGGUGGGUUGUGAACAGUGCCAGAUGGGUUGGUUUUAGUGCCAUAUGAUUUGAGGAAGUCUUAUUUAACAAUCUUGUGGUGCAACCGCCCUCCCCCUCCCAACCACUGCAGGGGGGCAACCGCCCAUCCAUCACAGGGGGCAAACACCCUCUCCCCUCCCAACCACCGCAGGGAGGGACAUGAGAUAUUUUGCUUUAAAUGCAAUAGAUAAAUUGUAACAUUUUAUGACAUCUUUUAAAGAAGUGUUUGAUUAGAAAAUGAAAUAUAUAUAGCAAACAUAUGGUAUGUCAUUGGCUGUAUAUAUGUUGUUGGUCAGUCAGGAGUUGACCAUGACCACUUUUAUCAUCAGAUUUGUGCUGAUUCUGUCUGUGGGUGCGCAGAUGGCUAAUGAGGCCGAUUCUGGCACAAAAUUCUCUUGUGCAGUAGGUGCAGGGGAAUAAUGAGGCAUCUCCGGUAGCAGAGUCAGACCGGGCCUUCCUGGCAUGUCUCAUGGGCUCUGCAGCCGCUGUUCUGCCAGCUUCAUGCUCAUGCUGUAUGGAGCUCUUGUGUAAAGUGGAACGCCAUGAUGUUCGAUCCUUUGCUUUUUUCUCCCACGUGUCUGGAUUUAUGUCAAACAUUUUCAGUGAGGCUUCGAGGUUGUCUUUAAAACGGUUUCUUCUGUCCGCCAGCAGACCGCUUUCCUUGUUCGAGCUCACCAUAGAACAUUCUUUUUGGCAGAUAGUCGUCUGACAUUCUCACAACAUGACCCAUCCAGCGCUGGGACUUCAUUAAGAUGGUAAAGGGGAGACCUGCCUGUGUGAGCACCUCAGUGUCUGGGACUCUGCCCUGCCAUUUAAAUCAGCUGUAUAUUUUAUAAUUCAUUGCUAAGGCCUGAUGAUAAGAAGAAAAAUUUCUCACAAAUUAACCUACCAAAUAUAAUAUAUUUAUACAAAGCAGUAAAUGAAAUUGCUUCUAACAAGUCCUCAAACUUUGGAAAACGAAACAUUAAUACAAAUUAAGUUUUGAUGGAAAUUUCUUUGUUCCAUCACUGACCCAUAAACUGGCCAUUGAAAACACUGACCCAAUGACUGGCUGUUAAACACACUGACCCAUAGACUUUUAAAAACACUGACCCUUAGACUGGCUGUUAGAAAAACUGACCCAUAGACUGUUAAAAACACUGACCCAUAGACUGACUGUUGAAAACACUGACCCAUAGACUGAUUAUUGAAAACACUGACCCAUAGCCUGACUGUUAAAAACACUGACCCAUAGACUGUUAAAAACACUGACCCAUAGCCUGGCUGUUAAAAACACUGACCCAUAGACUGUUAAAAACACUGACCCAUAGCCUGGCUGUUAAAAACACUGACCCAUAGACUGUUAAAUACACUGACCCAUAGCCUGACUGUUAAAAACACUGACCCAUAGACUGUCAAAAACACUGACCCUCAGACUGGCUGAUAAAAACACUGACCCAUAGCCUGGCUGUUAAAAACACUGACCCAUAGACUGUUAAAAACACUGACCCAUAGCCUGGCUGUUAAAAACACUGACCCAUAGACUGUUAAAAACACUGACCCAUAGCCUGACUGUUAAAAACACUGACCCAUAGACUGUUAAAAACACUGACCCUUAGACUGGCUGUUAAAAACACUGACCCAUAGCCUGACUGUUAAAAACACUGACCCAUAGACUGGCUGUUAAAAACACUGACCCAUAGCCUGACUGUUAAAAACACUGACCCAUAGACUGUUAAAAACACUGACCCAUAGACUGGCUGCUCAAAACACUGACCCACAGACUAGGUGUUUAUAACCACUGAAACAUAGCAAAUAAAGCUAAGACAUCUCAAGCUCCGUUCUUUAAAAAGGAUUAUGAGUCCACCCCAACCAUACUUACUAGACUAGAGAUCUCUGUCAGAUUUUGUGAAGCUUCCUCACAUUAAUAAGUUUUUGUGUAAUUUAAUUUUAAUAUCACUUUGUUUUAGAUGAUUCUGAAAGCUGACAGUGGCGUUGACUUUGUGGAUUUUUACAACUUCCUGGCCACAAUAGCCGAACACAGACUGAAAGCCUUAAGUCAGUAUGUGGAGGAGGUCAUCGCACCAGGCCUUUUGGUGGACAUCCAUAUCAAGGAUACUCCCUUAUCAGGUGACCAGAUGCAUUGGUCAGUUCUCAAGGAUGGCUCAUCUUGCAAACAUAAACACUUUGAAAACACUGCCUGUUGCUGGUGCAAUCAGUUAGAUUUUCCUGGGGGAAAAGAUGUGCUGAGUUUUAUAAUAGUUGAUCCUUUACUUUGCAAUUUAAGCUGUGACCUAGUCCAGAAGAAGGAAGAUAGUCAUUUAGGCUGUGACCUAGUUGAGGAGAAAGAAUCUAGUCAUUUAAGCUGUGACCUAGUUGAGGAGAAAGAAGCUAGUCAUUUGAGCUGUGACCUAGUACAGAAGAAGGACGCUAGUCAUUUAAGCUGUGACCUAGUCCAGGAGAAGGGACCUUGUGAUUGCUUCAAGGGUCAUAGUUCUGAUGUUCCAAUUUAUGAUGACAAGGUUAAAGUCCACCAAGAAUUUGUUGUUGUUUCCCUUUGUGAUGGCUGUGAUAAAGGUCACCCUGUAUUGGUUGCCCCCCUUUGUGAUAGUAAGGUCAAAGUUAACAUUUCAUGUCCUUUACCUUGUUGUGAUACCACUAGCCUUAGAAGUGUUUAUAGUGCAAGCAUCCAUUGUUCUGAGCUGUGUCCAUGUUUUGAAUGUGAUUGCAGAAUGGUAAAAUCAGGAUCAGAAAACUUUGUAAUGGGAUUGUUAGAUCACAAUUGUAACAUUAAAAUCCCCAGUGAAGAAUUACAAUGUUCUGCAUUAUUAUUGGGUGAUACCGAUCAAAGAGUUGUCCUUGAAUUUAACAGAUGUUUUGAAAACUUUGAUCUCCAUGAGCGUUUGUCUGGGGACCGACACUUUGAUCAGAGUCUGGAGAAUGGUUUCAAGAAAAAUGUGUCUUAUACUUUUGAGUCUCAUGAACACAUCAAGAGAAUAAACGAUAUUUUAUCCUUUUGUAAAGAAAAGAAAAUUUCAGAACACAAAUCGACCAAUUCAGGGAUCCCCCCUGUGUUUUUGUGCCUGUUCAAAGGCACUGUAGUUAAUCCGGCCAAUGCUCAGAAUUUAGAGACCUUGAAUGAAAUUAAAACCUAUCCAUCUCAUUCUGUUGAUGUGGGCAAGGAUACGGCUCAGAGUGGCAAAGAUGUGAGCUGUCCAUCUUUUGAGCCACACAGGCAUUGUCCACACUGGGCCCACUGUGGGCCCAACCUGGCCUUGUUUGACCUUUGUCGUGUGGUUGAUCUCGUCAGAGACAUGCAG